GUAAACCGGGCAGCCGAGUCCUGAUCAUCAGCAGACGGUCGAAAAUGGCAGAGCAACCGGCGACCUUCGCCCCUCCGUCACCUGGAAUCUCGCCGGUGAAUCUCUCCGACUGCAUCGAAGACCUCCUCCACUUCACCCUUUCCACUUAUUUACAAGUACCGCCACUCCUCGAUCUAGGGUUUUCAAAAGACUACUGCUCUCGCCUCCUCCAGCUCGACGAAGCUGAUCCCAUCUCCAGUGCCAACAGAGAUUGCGGAGGAGUUCCAGCUUAUCCUUUGUACAAACCCUUGGCGCGAGCUGUAGAACGCUCGAUAAAGUCCGGAUCUUUGGGCCGAGAACGCCGGUCGAUUGAUUUGAUUCCGGUCGAUGAGUCGGUGAAGGCGAGGGAGAAAGAGUGGAAUGAGCUGAUUGCGGAUAAGGGAUCAGAGAUUUUGAAUAUGUUGGAGGGUGUUGAUUUUGAGUUGCAUGUUCAAGAACCCUACUUUUCGCAGCUCAGGGAUGGUAGAAAAACAGUUGAAGGGAGGUGCGGUGGCAAUUAUAGCCGGAUUACACCAGGUGCUGUACUUCUCUUCAACAAAUGCCUCUUGUUCCAAGUUCAGCAUGUUAAUCGGUACAGUUCAUUCUAUGAGAUGCUGAAAGUUGAGGGCCUAUCUGACAUCCUUCCUGGAGUUGAAACAGUUGAAGAAGGUGUGCAGAUCUAUCGAAAGUUCUAUACUGAAGAAAAGGAAACUGCCAGUGGUGUCUUUGCAAUUUAUGUUUCGAGGCUAGCUUCCCAACCAUACAUUUCAUUGGGCAACCUUCUUUCUGGACUGGGUUACGACGGUGUAGGUGGCCUGCUGGGUAUGAUGCAUACUGCCGGAACAGACUCUAAUGCAUUACCUCCUCCAAGAUCAGCUAUAAUAGCAUCAUCAAAGAAACCUCAUCAUCCAAAUGUUAAAGGUUGCAUCCUAACUAAUGGUGCAAGGGCGUUGGCCAAACAUGUCAACAAGAGUAGUGAAGGAUGGUGGGGUUAUUUCUCUGGAAGUGAUUCUAAUAAGAACAGGAUUGCCUCCGAAGUCAUAAAUCAUCUAGUAGAUGACUGUUGCUGGAUGAACAUUCACUUUAUUAAACCUCAUGAAUGUGUUUUCGAGGUACGUGUUCAUGAAGGCUACGGUGCCCGCUGGUCUGCAGAUGGUACAGAGAAAAAUACAGUUGAUUCCUCUCGUGUUUCAGUUCAUCGGAUUUUUAGAGCCAUACAUGGAGGGAGGAUAUUCUAAAGGGUGGAGACAUUAAGGACCAUUCUAGCUGUAAACGUUUCUAGGUAUUCUGUGCAGUUCGCAACAGGUGGCCAAAGAUAUAUGAUCUUCAUGAAGGUUAAAACAUUCUGUUGAAAUGGAUUGGCUUCUCUCGUGUAUAUGGGCGUUUCUAGAAAGUAAUAGCUCUUGAGGUACAAGGUUGUUACACUACUAAUAUCAUAUUUUCCCUUUAGAAAUUGAAGUCUAUGAUGUUGGUGACUGGAAAUAUUCAAUUAUGUAGUGAAAUUCUGCAGACUUUCUGGUGUUGCAUUUGCUCAGUCUUUGUGAAUCUUUGAUUUGGACCUGCAGUGAACUCUACAUAGAGAGCCUUGCGAGAUUGUCGCAAAAAGAUCUUGCAUCUUCUUAUUUUAGUUUGCUUUUUAUAGCAAGUCCCGAAAAAUUCCAGCAGCUGUGUUUUUUUUUUCCCCAUGGAACUGCGAUAUUGGAUUGGAGAGGAUGAGAUUGUACUGAAUUACGGUUAUCCUUGUUAUUCUAUUAUCGUUGCUAAUGGAUAUGAAUUCAAACU